CUACAGUGAUGGACGAUACCCAUUCGUUGUUUACUGAUAAAAUCCUUUGUGGCAUACAUAUUUGCAAAUCAAUUUUAAAAGUACUACAAGCAGUGUAAUUUAUAGUAUAUAGUCAUGUCCUUUUUCAAGAAUGUAGCGUCCAGUUUCACCAUCCGUAGUCGUGAUUCGAUUUUGAAAGAAUCUCUAAUAAAUAACUUAUCUGAAUGCGUAAAAGAUAUACAAUACAAUAAUCAGUUCGAAGAAAACUUCCACAGCGUUCUUGGGUCGACGGAUUCUACUAACACACUGUGUACGGCUCUUGAAGCAGUAUUUCUACAUGGUUUGAAGGACACAUUUCUACGAAAGGCGAAAAAUGUACUGUCAGGUGACCCAGACCUCCGACCACAGCCGAACUUUUGGCCACUAGUACUCGUGCUCUCUCACCGCCAGAAUAUCGACGAGAUCUCGUCAUUGCUGCAGAUCAACACGGAGAUUGGACAAUGUAGGGCUUGGCUGCGAAUUGCCCUCAAUGAAUGUCUUCUAUCCUCUUACAUGGCAACUCUUCUGAAAAACAUAUCUGCUGUUAGACCUUUCUAUAAUAAGUCUGCCUUCGUGUGUGAUUCCGAAAUUUUAGAAGUUGCCCAAAAACUUAUAGAAGGAUUAGAGACAUGCAUUCAAUUUAAUUUGCCUACUAAUUCAAGUUUACUUAAUCACUGGCCUGAGCCAGUGCUGAUGCUGGCAGGCCUGUGGGUGCCGACAAUGCGAGCGGCGCCCAUCAGUGCAGGCCUCGACGUGGCCAGCACCAUGUGCGAUGAAGAGGUCAGGCCUAAAGAUGUGGCCACUCCAACCGACAUAUCUGGAAUAACUGGUUUGGGUAGGCUGGCUCUAAAUGAAGAUGAAGCAUUAGAAUUUAUCCUCUCUGUAUCUAAUGACAUCACCACCAUGGGAACACAAGCUCAAAUUGAACCAGAAAGAAAGGAUGACUUAGAUGAUAAAAAUCCUUUUACUAUUGAUGACAAUGAAAGUAAUGCUCUAUCAUUAGAUCAGCCAUCUACAAGUCAGAACCAAGAUGUUGUUACCAAUAGUCUACAAGAAGAUACAGAUGCUGAUCCUCUGGAUGCAGCCAAUGAUGUUGUGAUUACUGGAAACUCUUUGUGUGGUAAAGGAUGGUCUACUGAUAAAAAUGAUGAAAUGAAUUGUUCUAUUAAUUCCAACUCCUCACAUGGCAGCAGCCUCAUAAAAACACCAGAAUUAAAAAGUUUGUCAUCUCUGCUGGAUACAGCAAAUAAUGUGACAGAAAAAUGUGUCAAUACUCCUAAUUUGCGAGACAUCAUGAAAGAUAUCCAUAAGGAGUUAAAGUUAAACACUGAUGAACCAGAAGUGGUUGAGUUGAAGUCAGAAGCUGCUACACCUGAGGACCCCAUGCUCCAAGGGUUGGGCUUUGAAAUUGUGUCCAAUUCAGUAACAGGCUCAUUCACUGUCACAGAACUUCAGAAAAUGAUUCAGCAGCUGGGAAGUCUCUCCCGGGAACACGGUCUGGAUCAUCAGAAUUAUCAGUGCAAGGGUUGUCAAGACUUGUUGGGCAGCACCAUUUCCAAAGCUAAAGUGUGUGCAUAUACUGGGGAAUAUUAUUGUUCCAAUUGCAUGGAUACCAACUUGUUUAUAAUACCGGCUCGGGUGAUACACAACUGGGACUUUAAGAGAUACCCAGUCUCCAAGAAAUCUGCUCUGUUCUUAUUAGAGUUCCAGCAUCAUCCUUGGAUCCAUAUGAAAAAGCUUAAUCCAAAAAUAUAUUCUGGGGUGUCUGAUAUGGCACAGUUACAAGAGUUAAGAAUACAACUUAACUUCCUAAGAGCAUACAUAUUCUCAUGUAGAGAACCUGUCAUUGAAGAAUUGCAGAAACGAGUCUGGCCGAGGGAAUAUCUAUACGAUCAUGUGCACUUGUACACUAUCUCAGACCUAGUCCAGAUACCAAGUGGGUCCUUGUUACUGCAAUUAGAGAAAGUUGUCAACUUUGCUAAAACUCAUGUGCUAGAUUGUUGGUUUUGUAGCCAGAAAGGGUUUAUAUGUGAAGUUUGUCGAGAUCCUAAAGUAUUGUAUCCAUUUGAAACAAGCACAACAUAUCGUUGUGAUGAGUGCUCGAGUGUCUUUCAUAUCAAAUGUUUCAAUGCAAAUAUGCCAUGUCCAAAAUGUAAACGAAAACAAAAUCGUACAAAUGAAUCUAACUUAGUAUAAAUUACUUUAAAUGAAUAAUAACCUUGUUUUAAAUAUUUUAUCCAUAUAAAGUAAUAUAACUACAUAAUGCUAAAUUUUUCCGCCUCAUAAAAUGUUUUAGUUUUAUUAUUUGGUUUGCUGAGGAAAUAGGAGAUGGCAAUGUUACCUAGUUUACAAUUAAGAACCCAUAGAUAGCUAUAAUAAAUACAUAACUAUUUCUAUGUUAAAAAUCGGAAUAUUUAUACAACACACUUUUAAUAUGUUAGCAUAGUUUAAAAAAGCGCAUUUAAGUCCCACUUUAAAUUUUUAAUAGUGAGUAAAUUUUAUAAGUUUAAUUAAAUCAAUAGAAAUGCCCGUGCAUAAUUAGUAAACUAUACUUAUAUUAGUUAUAUUAAUUGAUAUCAUUUUUAAAACCAAUGAAAGUCCUUAGAUACUGUAGAACUUACUUUUUAUAUGAAUUUUAGGUAGUCUACUAAAGAGCAAUGUAAAUGGGCCACUUCGUAAAGAAAAUUGCAGAACAAUGAACACUUAAUAUUUGCAUAAAUAUUGAGUGGAAUAAAUCAAUACCAAUUAAUUGCAUUAUGUCACCGCAUAUGAAAGUGCUAUUUGACUGUUUAACGCAUUCACUGCCACGGGGCGUGGCCUAGGAACAAACUUGUAUGACGGUGAACGUAUAUGUGCAUUGGGGGCAGUGGAUGUUUUAAGUGAAUACAUGAUAAUUAAGUGAAUUAGGCUCUAAUGCUCUAGUUUCCUAGGAUAGCGGUGCCGUCAUAUAGCGGCCGUCUCCAUACAAAUACUACGACAUCCAUAUUUAGUCGUAUUAUUUAGUAUGGAGUCGGCCGCUAUAUGACGGCACCGCUAUCCUAGGAAAACCGAUCUUAAGCGUGGUCCAACCUAUCCAAAUCCGGAUUAAAAAUAGCAACUGACUGUAAAUUAGUUUACUAUGGCACAGAUUAUAUAUACAUACCUAAUUAUUAGUUAGCGAGUUAGUUUAAUUGACCUACAUUGUCAGAAUGUCUAAUUUUCACCAUCAUCUUGCUCUUUUUUUGCCACCGGCUCAUGGGAGCCUGGGGCCCGCUUGGCAACUAAUCCCAAGAAUUGGCGUAGGCACUCUAGUUUUUACGAAAGCGACUGCCGUCACCAUCAGAGCUUCCAACCCAGAGGGAAAACUAAGCCUUAUUGGGAUUAGUCCGGUUUCCUCACGAUGUUUUCCCUCACCUAAAAGCGACUGGUAAAUAUCAAAUUAUAUUUCGUACAUAAGUUCCCAAAAACUCAUCAGCCGUGGUUAGAACCCGUGACCUCCGGAUUGAAAGUCGCACGCUCUUACCGCUAUUAGGUCACCAGCGCUCUUAACACAGCACUCUAUAUUUAUAUAACAAGUACUAUAAACUAUAAGUAGUUCUAAAAAUAACAUUUAAAUGAUCAACGUCCGGAUAAUUUUUCCACUAUAUUCUGAUAUUAUAUUUCAUAAUCAUUGAAAUAGGUAAAUUGCAUCGGGAUAACUUAGAAAACGGGGUAAUUUUGAUAAUAGUAAAUAUCUACUAAGCACUUUCUAUUGUAGAAAUAGUCAGCAAGAUGGCUUGGUGGCAAGCGUUGCGGUAACGUAAGUGUUGCUAAACUAUAGUAAAAUUAAUAAAGUGCUUUUGGAUUUAUAGAUAUUACCCCGCUCGCUCUCGCGGUCACCAAACAGGCAAUGUGUGGCAUGGUAGGUAGGCAAUGUUGAAAAAGUUUACGGUAAUCUGUUUUAGACGUUGAAUGAUAUUUUUGUAAGUUGAUAGUAAGAGCAAGCCCCGACUGGGCAUCGGUGGAGCUUAUGUCUUAGCAAUAAGGUUUACGAUUUGUCCGUUAUCAGCGCGGGCGGUGGUACAUAAAGUGGACUGCAAAGAUCAUUUAGAAAAAUGCAUGGGCAUAGCAGCUAAGCAAAUCAUAUCCUUCAAAUAGAACAUUACGUUUAACAUUUAAUUAUCUAUUUACUAAUUAAGACAUGUAUUUAAAAUAAAAGUUUUGCUGUCUAUAAAUAGCAUGUAAACAGAUUAUUUUAAGCAUCAUUAUAUUUUGUCAAUAAAACUUGUAUUUUAAAAGA